UUGGCAUAUUUUUGAUGGUGUAAGGUUCACACUUAGAGCACGGUACUAAUAACACCAAGACGGCAGAUUUGAUCCCUGUAUAGGCCAUUCCCUGAAAAGUUGGGCUCAACAGUCCUUGUGGAUCCUUCCCACUCAGAAAACUCUGGUGGUGCUGCGAACGCAGCUUAUGCAAAGCACACAGACUUGGAAUGGCCUCCCAUGAAACAAGGAUGAGCCAAAAAUAAUUCAAGCCAACGGACAAUAUAAAAUCUUGCGAAGAAUCAGGAUAUUCCACUAUAUAUUCUCCCAAGGAGAGCAGUUAGGAAGGGCAGAGAACAGGCGAGCAGAUGAGCCGGGAUGCUGCGCUCCCGACGAGCCCGGGCGCGGUGGGUUCGCCGAGGGCUGCGGGCCGGGGGACGCAGCUGCCCCAGCCCCUCGGGGCCAGGAGAGGUCCCAGCGUGGCCCUGCCCGGCCGGCUGGAGCUGUGGGACCCCCCGAUGCCGCCCCACCGCCUCCGCCUCCGCCGCGACCGGCCCCGCGCCCUCCCCUUCCUCCCCACGCCCCGCUGGGGACCCUUAAAGAGGAGGGGGCAGAGGCUGGAGGGCUUGGCUGGGGGACAGGGCUCCUCCUGAGAGAGAUCUGGGAUUGAAUCGGGCGGCCAAAAACAAAAACUAACAGGGAGGAGGAAGGAAAAAAGAAAAAAAAAAAAGAAGAAAGGAAAAAAAAAAAAAAAAAGAGGCAAAAAACGUCGGAAAGGAUAGGAGGAAGAAAAAGAAGGAAAGAAAGAAAAGAAAGAAAGAAAAAUAAGUAAAACGGGGGUGCGGAAGCACGGCAAAGUGGGGGGACAAGACAGAACCCGCAGGGGGACGCGGUCCGCAGUCUGCGCGCAGCGCGGGGAUGGUGCGCCCCGGCGGGCUGUGCCGCCUGCUGCUGCUGCUGCUUCUGCUGCUGCUGCUGCUGCUGCAGGGCUCCCUCCUCCUGCUGGCCACAGCCCGGCUCGGCCGCGCCGCCGCCUGCCCGCUCCGCAGAAAGCAAAAUGAGCUGAACUCCUUCCUCUGGACAAUCAAGAGAGAUCCCCCAUCUUAUUUCUUUGGCACCAUCCAUGUCCCAUACACACGUGUCUGGGAUUUUAUCCCAGAGAACUCCAAGAAAGCCUUCCAGCAGAGCCACAUCGUGUACUUUGAGCUGGAUCUCACUGACCCCUACACCAUCUCAGCUCUCACCAGCUGUCAACUCCUGCCACAGGGGAAGAACCUCCAAGAUGUGCUGCCCCGAGACAUCUAUCGCCGGCUGAAGCGGCACCUGGAGUAUGUCAAGCUCAUGAUGCCAUCCUGGAUGACCCCAGACCAGCGGGGCAAAGGGCUGUAUGCAGACUAUCUCUUCAAUGCCAUUGCUGGCAACUGGGAGCAGAAGAGGCCAGUCUGGGUGAUGCUGAUGGUGAACUCCCUGACAGAGGUAGACAUCAAGUCACGAGGCGUCCCCGUCCUGGAUCUGUUCCUGGCGCAGGAAGCAGAGCGGCUGAGGAAGCAAACAGGCGCUGUGGAGAAAGUAGAAGAGCAGUGCCACCCACUCAAUGGGCUGAACUUCUCCCAGGUGGUCUUUGCUUUGAAUCAGACUCUCUUGCAGCAGGAGAGCCUCCGAGCAGGGAGUUUCCAGAUCCCCUUUACGACAGAAGACCUUAUCAAGCAUUACAACUGUGGGGACCUCAGCUCCAUCAUCUUCAACCAUGACACUUCUCAAGUCCCAAAUUUCAUUAAUGCUACACUUCCAGCCCAUGAACGCAUUACUGCCCAAGAAAUAGACAGCUACUUCCGUCAGGAGCUCAUCUACAAACGAAAUGAGCGAAUGGGCAGGAGGGUGAAGGACCUGCUGGAAGAGCAGCCAGACAAGAGUUUCUUCUUUGCAUUUGGAGCUGGUCACUUCAUGGGCAACAACACAGUGAUUGAUGUUUUGAGGAGAGAAGGGUACGAGGUAGAACACACCCCAGCUGGACAAGCCAUCAACAACCGAAAAUCUCCCAAAACCCUGUUAACCUUUUCAUCACCACACAGUCCCUAUGUCAUGUCCCAUGAGCUCCCACUGCACCCCCAGAAAGAGGAGGAAGAGGAGGAGGAAGAGUUCCUGCCUCACCUGCUAUUCCCUGACAGCAUUGAUGUGCUCAUGAAAGUGGACAGGAAGUACAAAAAGAAGAAGAAAAAGCAGCAGAAGAAGCAAAAACUGCGACAAUUUAAUGACCUCUGGGUUCGCCUUGAAGAAAGUGCUACCGACCCUCCUCCGCGGAUCCGCAUCAUUAAUGGCUACAUCACGGUCGAGCCCCAGCCCCGGGGCCACGGAUGGUCCAGUCACACUCGUGCAGACACCAGCAGUGCUCACCAGCUGUCCCAUUCUCUCUUCCUUCCACUACUGACUUGGACUCUGCAUAAGAUAAUGCUUCACUGAGACACAGGAGGCUCCAAGCUGCAAGACUCUUGCCUUAGAAAUAAAAAGAAAAGAAACUUAUGCAAAAAAAGAAAUAGAAGACUAUGAGUGGGACACCUGUUAUUUGGGGUGCUCUUAAACUGCCUCCUUUUCCUGAGUCCGGAUCAUUAACUCUAUUAACUGGUUUGACUUUCCCAAUACAGGAGAAGAUAUUUUAAUGAAAGUGUUAUUUAUCCUUCUCUUGCAGAAGAAUGAUUUCAUGUUAUCCCAUAAUGCUUUGGGGAGAUUAUAAUGCCGCUAUAACAUAGCUGUUGUUUAGCUGUUUGUGCCCAACUAAAGUACAUAUUUUUCACCUUCAGUGCCUUGUAGAAAGAUUUACACACCACUGACUUGUUUAUUAGAACUGAAUAUUUUUUAUCAUCUGAGCACAGCUGGGAAAAACAGUUGGUAUUUUAUGUGUCUACUGGUAAUGCUUUUAAUUCUUGCUUGUUAAGGCUCCAGAUUACAUAUAAAGGUUCAUAGCAACACCUACAGUAGAAUAAAACAGUGAACACUUGUGAACAGAA